AUGCAUAGUAUGCGUGCACUCGCCCUUGUCGCAGUUGCUGGUGCUGCCGCCGAAGCAAGUCAACAGAGUCACAUCAUGGAGCACAGUCACGCUCCGGCUAUGAUUCCUCGCGACGACUGCGCGGAUCUUCCGAAGCUCUGCACAGAUCCGGUGCUGUUGCGCGGUCAUGAGACCACUCUGACCUAUCUUUGUCCCGAGACCGAGGGCCCAUCCACUGUCAUGGCCACCACAACGCGUACCAUCACCGUGACAGUAGACCUGACCUCUAGCGUUCCUGUUGUGGCUACCUCAGACAGUCAGACGCCUGUGAUAGAAGAGCCCACCACGACUGAGACGGUCAAGUCAACAACUCAGGUCACUGUCACCAAGUUUGUCACUAGAGUCACCGCUAGCACUACUUCGUCGUCUCUUUCCCCACCUACCAUCACCUGGUCCUUCACGGCUAUUCCUCCUGACGUUGACUCCACAGCGGUGUCUUCUGUCAAGGCUCGUACAUCUGGCGCCAGCAGCUCUUUCGAAUCGUCCCCUAGCCAUGUAAUUAACAGCUCGUCUUCGGUUGUCUCUACAUUUUCGACACCUGCAUCUAGCGCCAGUGGCUCUCUCGAGCAUUUCCCUACUUAUGCCAUCGUCAACUCGUCUUCGAUCGCUUCAACAUCCUCGGUGGCUACUUUACCUUCCCUCGGUAUCCAUAGGCCCAUCUACCGGAACCACACGAUUGUUCACCACACUGGCGGUCAUCACAUUAUCGAUCACCCUACUCUGAAUGUAGCAAGGGAUGCCGAGGCCAAGUCCACCAAAACUCUCACUGCUACCUCUGCGACCGCAACUGAGAGUAAAAAGGGUCAGGCAGGAGAUACCCAGGCAUCAUUCAUUGCGCUGUUCUUCGGCGUGUUGGCUGCCACCCUACUCAUCUGA